AUGCCGGCGGCUCCUGCGGUACCUAUAUCUGCGCGUGGGGUUAGACUGACAGCUGGGACCGGCGGCUCGCAGGGUGGAGCGGAGCGGAGCUCUAGGAGGCCACCACCCCAAAUCCCCUUCCUCUGCACAUCGCCAGUUUCACCGCCGCUGCGCCCGCACGACGCUGCAGGUGGCGCAGCCGCCAUGGACGAGGAGGCCAGCACCAAGGCCGCCGCCGCUGCUGCCGUCGCCACUGCAGCCAAGGCGGCCACUCCGCCGACGCCCUCGGGCUCGGGGUCGCCGGAGGGGGGGAAGGAGGAGGUGGGCGAUUUGGUGGAGAGGGUUGCGGAGCUGGUGGACGAGAUCGCGGUGAUCUCCGACUUCAGGAACGCCUACCGGAGGCAGUUCUGCAAUCUGUCGCGGCGGAUCCGCCUGCUCGCGCCCAUGAUGGAGGAGGUCAAGGAAGGACCACGCCCGUUGCCGGAGGCGUCAGUGGCCGCGCUCAGGCAGCUCAGGGACGCGCUCGCCGGCGCCCGGGAGCUGCUCCGCCUCGGCAGCAACGGUAGCAAGAUCUUCCUGGUUCUCGAGAGAGAGAAGAUAAUGCAGACUUUCCAGGACAUUACCUCGAGGCUUGAGCAAGCCUUAGCUGGUAUCUCGUUUGAUGAGCUUGGCAUAUCAGAUGAAGUAAGGGAACAGGUUGAACUGGUGCAUGCUCAAUUCAAAAGAGCAAAAGAACGACCAGAUACAUCGGAUGACAUUCUCUUUAAUGAUCUAAUUUCUGCCUAUAAUUCAAGCACCAAUGAUAAUGCUGAUCCAGAUAUCAUUCAAAGGUUAUCUGAGAAGUUGCAGCUUGUCACCAUAUAUGACCUCAAUCAAGAAUCAUUGGCCUUGCAUGAGAUGGCUAGUGGAGGGGAUCCUGGUGCAGUUGUUGAGAAUAUGUCAAUGCUGCUGAAAAAGAUCAAGGAUUUUGUGCAGACCCAGGAUCCUAUAGGCAUCCCAGCAAGUACAACAAACCCUUCCCGAGAUGACAACUUGACAUCUCCUGUUGUCCCGGAUGAUUUUCGUUGCCCAAUAUCACUGGAUUUAAUGAAAGACCCAGUUAUUGUCUCCACUGGCCAGACUUACGAGCGAGGUUGCAUAGAGAGAUGGUUGGAGGCAGGGCACGACACCUGUCCUAAGACGCAGCAGAAGCUUCCAAAUAAAUCUCUAACUCCAAACUAUGUGCUCCGUAGCCUCAUAGCUCAAUGGUGUGAAGCGAAUGGUGUAGAGCCGCCAAAGCGCCCUGCUCAGCCUAAUACUACACCAGCAACAUGUACCGCCUCUGAGCAUAGUAAAGUUAUUGAGCUCCUGCAGAAACUAUCAUCCCAGAACCUUGCAGAUCAACGUGGAGCUGCAGGUAUGCUUCGUCAGCUUGCCAAGCGUAGCGCUGAAAAUCGUGCUUGUAUAGGAGAAGCUGGUGCUAUUCCUAUCCUUGUGAGCCUUCUACCAACCACCGAUGUUAGCACCCAGGAACAUGUGGUUACUGCUCUCCUGAAUCUUUCUAUUUAUGAAGAGAACAAAGCAAGAAUAAUUACCUCUGGAGCUGUUCCUGGAAUUGUACAUGUGCUAAAGAGAGGCAGCAUGGAGGCUCGGGAGAAUUCAGCUGCCACACUGUUUAGCCUAUCACUUGUGGAUGAGAACAAGGUGACGAUAGGGGCUUCUGGGGCAAUUCCAGCUUUGGUGCUGCUAUUGGGUAAUGGAAGUCAACGGGGUAAAAAGGAUGCAGCAACAGCACUAUUUAACUUGUGUAUCUAUCAGGGCAACAAGGGUAAAGCUGUUAGAGCUGGAUUGGUCCCUAUACUACUUGAGCUUCUAACAGAGACUGAAAGUGGAAUGGUUGAUGAGGCCCUGGCUAUACUGGCAAUUCUCUCGAGCCAUCCUGAGGGAAAGGCAGCCAUCAGCGCUGCCGCCGCCAUACCAAUUCUAGUUGGAGUUAUCAGGAAUGGAUCCUCGAGGAACAAGGAGAAUGCUGCGGCUGUUCUGGUGCAUCUCUGUAAUGGCGAACAGCAGCAACAGCAUCUUGCAGAAGCACAGGAGCAGGGCAUCGUGACCUUGCUGGAGGAGCUAGCAGAAAGCGGCACAGACAGGGGGAAGAGAAAAGCGAUCCAGUUGCUUGAACGGAUGAAUAGGUUUCUAAAGCAGCAGAGCCAAGCCCAGGGAGACGCGAUGGCACAGGCGCACACUCAGUCCCAAACCCUGUCCCAGGUUCUGGUUCAAGCUCAAGCAGAUACUCAGCUAGAGGAAUCACUGCCUCCUACUUCAUCCCAUCUUCCAGAAAGAUGA